UUGAAUAUCAGUACCUCAGUGCCAGAACAAAGACUCUGGUGUCACACAGACCUGCUCUGCCACUUCCUGCUGGGUGACCUUGGGCAAGUGGCCUAACCUCUGAAAACUGAGGAUGAUAAUGAUAUGCAGCUCUUGAGGUCACUGGGAAGAUUAGAAGUGUUGCAUUUACCACAGUGUCUGGCACAUAGUAAAUGUUCAAAACUGGAUUACAAAUGAAUAGACUGUCAUGAAGGAAAGCUCAAGAUAUUUAGGGAUGAUCCCAAAUAUUUGAGGGCCAAGGCAGAAAAGCCUCUGAUAUCUUCUAUCACUGUUGGGCCCAGUAGAGUGGGCUGACUUAGCCUGAGCCUCCAUCCCCUCUGGCCUGCACUGUUGGAACAUCCUCCUGGCUUCCUGACUCUGCUUCUCCCAUAAUCAUUUUCCUAAAUACCACCUUACUCAUAGCUGUGUCCCCCUCUGCCUCAAGAACCUUCUAUGGCUCCCAGUUGCUCUCUGACUGAACUUCCUAACACGGGAAUGGGACCAGCAGGAGGCGAGAGGUAUCAUUUAUUGAGGGAAGGAAAGAGCAAAGAGGAAGCCAGUGUUAGGAGUAUAAAGAGAUAAAAUAUCCUCCUCUUUUAAAAGUCCUUAAGCUCUGAAUUCGCAGAAAUCAGCAGGUCCCUGAGGGAGAAAGCAGAACACAUCUCUGAAGAGGGCAAGGCAUUCCUUGGCCACUGACUCAUUAACCUGCACCUGCUUCUUCAAGCCAACGUGGGAGAGGUUAAAAAGGAUAGAAGAGGUUGGAGCAGGGACCUGCGAGGAGACAAGGGAAUACCCCUUCUUGGUUCCUUGGAAAGGGUCUGCCUGGGUUUCUGUCUUGGAUUUCUCUGCAGGAAUCCCGUGUUGCUCCCAGCUCGGGGCGCUGCGGGAAGGGUCUAGGCUGCACAAAGGGCAGAGCAGGCGAGCUGGCGUCACCUAGGGCAGUCAGGCCGCCUCCGUGAAAGCUAGGCGCGGGACAAAGGCUGCUCCGGGACAAAGUACAGGGAGACUCCUAAGAAGAUAAGAGGGACGGGCGAAGGAAGGCGGUGGGGAGCGAGUGGCCCAGGGACCUCGGUUGGCAGCCAAGCCCAGGCCGCUGGGGAAGGGGCGCCCAGGAGCUUCUUUAUCUCUGCAGCUGCUGGGAUGCGGAGAACUUCUGCUGGACUGCUCCCGGCAGCCUAGGGGGCCGGUUGCAGCCUUUCCCUGCGCCCGCGGGACUGCUGCCCUUGCCAGCCGGGAGGCGGGGCGGCCCAGCUCACCUGGCCAACUGGGGCGGGGCUGCCCAAUACCUAAGUGGAGGAGGCGGCGGCGGUACCCGGUGUGCGGGAGACAAGCUCGUCCUGGGAGUCAGCGAGAGCUCCCACCCCUUCACACCCCCCCACGCCAGCGCCGGCCCUCCCUCCGCUCCUUCGCUUUCUCCCUCCCUCCCCUCUCCUCCCCUCACUUGCUCCCUCCCUCGGAGCCCAAUUGCUCAAGCCGCUUCCUUCCCCAGCGCCAGUUCCUCUCCUAGUGGGGCCCGGGAAGGGCCUUCAAAGCUAGAAACGCGGACCGCGGCGGUGGAGCUGCAGGACCAUGGCCGAGCCCCGAGUGGCAGCGAUCUCUGCUCCCAGGGCCUCUCCGGCACCGAGCGCUCAAAGUCUGCGGAGCGUCCGGCAGCCCCGCCCCUCGAGUGUGGACUACCGCAGCCUCACCAGGUACCGCGGCAGCGCCGCCUUCUCCCGGGAGCUCCCCUUCCACGGCUCGCUGACGUGCUCUGGAGCGGGCUCCGGACGCCGGCGGGGCGCUCUGCGGGAGCUGCUGGGGCUGCAGGGGGGAACUCCCACCGGGUGGCAGUCAGAGGAGCGCACGGAGGAGCGGUCCCCGGGCGGGCCGAAUGCAGCGGGCAACAGCAGGCUGUGCCUGGAGCCCCGGGAGCACGCGUGGAUACUGGCUGCCGCUGAAGGCCGUUUUGAGGUGCUGCAGGAGCUCCUGGAAGCUGAUCCUGGACUGCUCCUACGGGGCGAUCCGAUCACCGGCUACUCGUUGCUGCACUGGCUGGCCAAGCACGGGCGCCACGAGGAACUCAUCCUGGUGCACGACUUUGCCCAGCGCCGGGGGCUGCGACUCGACGUGAGCGCCCCGGGUAGCGGCGGCCUCACGCCCCUUCACCUGGCGGCCCUGCAGGGCCACUACAUGGUCAUCAAAGUGCUGGUGGGCGCCUUGGGAGCUGAUCCCACACGCCGAGACCACAGCGGCCACCGGGCCUGUCAUUACCUGGGGCCCGACGCACCCUGGACCCUGAGGGAGUUAUCGGGGGCCGAGCAAUGGGAGAUAGAGCAAGGCAGUGAGAGGAGCAACGCCAACAACAACAGCAGCGGCGCCACUGCCGCGUGGACGCCUCGAAGGACUCCGAACGCAGUGGGUGCGACGGCUGUGGAGACAACGGCGAGAGAAACGGCGUUACACCGCAAGGAGAAGGACUCCACAGGCAAUCGAGUGGCGCAAAUUCAAGGCUUUUUUCGCCAGAUGUUCCCCUUCUUCCAGGACCGUUGAGGACGACUUAGACAUGAGCGCAGGUCCGCAACACCGCAACAAGGCCUCGGUCCUGGGCUGUCCAAGGUUCCACUGAGGCAGUGGUGCCUCAGAUGCGGCUGAGUGCGCCGGAUCUGCAAAGAGCGGACAACCUCGGGUCUGUCUCAAGUAGCUGUCACAGGUCUUCUGCAGCCAAAGACCAGGACACCCGGGGACCAGCCCCCGACCCAACUGAGGCAGAGCAAAGACCAACCUGUCCUGGCUCCCAGUCCCCAGAGGAGUUGGAGUUAGGAGCAGGAGCUUGGUCCUGCGUGGGAGAGGGAGAGUUAAACUUCCAGUAGCCAUUUACCUGGCAGAAGUUCUGGCUUCUUAGGAAACAUUUGCUAGAAAAAUGAGCUAAGACUGUAAACCACUGAUGCAGAGGAAGCGCCUAACUGCAGGCUUGACUUAGCUGUUAAUGGGUCAUUUAGUGCUGCCAGAGUCAGCGACCCUGGCUCCCUGUUCCUGAGACAACCAGGCCUCACUGGUACCUUUUCAAAUGUAUCACUGAUGACUUCUUAAGCACAUUAAAGUGGAAUUCUGUUUUCGUUUCACAUGACAAAGCUGUCCUUUGAGCUUUUUUUUUUUUUUUCAUUAACCGCCAAGGGGGAAGUUUCCUACAUUUGCAGGGAAGAGGUCUCUCACCCAUGGCUGGGAGCUAGUGAUCCAGGACAGGCUGUGGACAUCAUUCUCAGAGCAAAUGGCUGAGCUGUGCACUGAAGGAGCUACUUACAUCUUGAAGCUCAGACUCACAAUUUGUCUAUUGGGCUCUUAAGCAUCUAGGUCUGGUCCAGUUCUCCUAGAAGAGCUGUGCAUAGGGGGGAAGAAUGGUGUAAAAGGGGAAAGCCUCCAAAUGCACAGUUCUGAUAUUUUGUUGGUGAGUCAUGUCAUUUACCCAGACUCCUGCCCUCCAGUGAGACACCCUCACUGGCAUUUUUUUUUUUGAGAUAGGGCUUUAAUCAUCAGCAUUUGUGUGGUGUUUUUUUUUAAAAUUAUACUUAAUAUGUAAGUUGUAGUUUGGAAAAUUGUUCCCAUUUAGAAGUAAUAUGAAUGGAGUAGAAUACAGGGUGGGUGAUUUGAACUGAAAGGUGGGGAAAGCAGUUGGAGGCUAGGACUCCAGGCUGCCUUAGAGAACAGUGUAUUUUAGAAAUAGUGCCGUACCCCUGGAGGCCUGGGCAGUCCUUGCGUCCCCGGCCCUCCUCGAACACCAGGGAGAAAUCGAGUCAUCACACAGUACAGAAACACCACCUUGAGCCUAUCCAUACAGCUUUCCAUCUCUGUCUGGUGGGCCUAUUUGCCUUCUUUUACUACCCGCUCUGUGCCCGGAAACAGUCCCACCUUCCCUUAAUAACCCAUUAGAUUCUUC